GACCGUCGGAGUUGUGGGUUGGCCGUCGGCGUCAGAGUUGCAUGACAAUGGAAUCAAGAACAACAACUGUUAAUGAUGUUGACAUGGUUGAUGUAGUAAACCAAUCCUACCAAGCACCAAGUCAUCAAAGUGGAAUGGAAACUUAUUCGAUUUGAGUCGGGUAGCGUGGCCGGUUGCAGCUGUCAUGGGGACGCAUCAUAAACAUAGAGUGCAUUGCAUCCACCAGGACCCUAGAGUCAACCAUUCGACCCAUGUCAGCUCUCGAGAGAAGACAAGAAAUGUAUGAAGAAGGGGACAGCGUAAUGGCACUGUGGCCUCCAGACACGUCAUGGUAUCCAGCUGUAAUCACCUCCAUAACCAAAGAAGGCUUCACCAGCGAUGAGGACAGCAGUGAUUCAGGUGACUCGUGUGACCCAGCUUUGGAGGACAGUGUUGAUGCCAGAAGGCCACCAACCCAAACGGAUCCAGCUCCAAAAGCUCGACAAGUCAAGCAUCGACAAUUCAAGCGACGCCCCUGGACUGCCCAGGAAAAGAAAGACGUAACCGAGGGCUUGCAGAGAUUCAUUUUGCUGAAGAAGAUUCCAGGAAAACGUGACAUUGAAUCGUCCUGUCCUGUGGCAUUGCAGACCAGAACUUGGAGAAACAUUAAGGACUUUUGUAGAAACACGAUGACACUUAAAUAAAUUUAAGGUCUCAUGCACCACCAAAGUACAGUCAUAACCUCGAGUGACUCUGUAGGCACAGCCAAAUGAUUAGUCUAGACCUUUGGCCUGCCCCCCCCAAAGAACAAGAAAAUCGUGUACCACCCCCAAAAACAUUUCCUAGAAGGCCAGUAUACACAUUCACAUUAGUGAACCGCAAGAAAAAGGAUUCAUGUGUUAUGUCCUCACAUCGAUAGGUACCAUUCGACUUUUGGCAAUGUCCUCCAUUGGAUAGUAUGAAAAGUAUGUCCUCAAUCUGCAGUGUACACAUGUAUUGGUGUGUGUGCGUGUGUAAUUGUGUUAUGGUGUAAUUUGUGUGUGCGUGCAUGGUGUUAUGGUAUUGUGAUUUGUGUGUGCGUGCAAGCAUGCAUUAGGAUAUGUGUUGGCCUACAGGUUAUAACUAAGAAUGACUCAAAACUUUUUAUUUGGAUUGGUCUUGGAACCCCCCAAGUUUAAUCUCCAAUUUCGUUUAAUCACCCAAGGCCAUCUAUUAAUAAAAGACAGUGAGUCAAAACUAGCGAAACAUGGGAAUACAUAACUUUCAUAUCUUAGAUCUGUAACAACACCAAAAACUAUUAUUUAGUCUCAACUUGGUGAAGAGAGUUAAAUAACUAACAGCAACUUUAGCAGUGGCAAUUUCUAUACAGUUUCAAGAAUUGCAAGGUUAUUGAAAAGCAAAAUUCUCCUUCAAUCAUGUCAAAACUUUCACUUCAAAACUUUAAAGAAAGAGUGGUCUAUUAUGAAAUAAAAUCACAAUGAAUUUAGUCUGCAAACUUCUACUUCUUGAUUUGGCAAUGUUCAGUUUUGAGGUAAAAGGAAUGAUAAAACUUACGGUUUCUCAAUGCGUAGUAUUAUUGGGUUGUGCCGGUUAGGUCUGCUGGCCCUCAUACAUGUUUCAGCUGGCUUGCGGCAAUACCGCGUUAAACUUUUAAUGACUUGCCUCAGUGGCUGAUUUCACUGAGCUUUG